CGGCAGCACUUGGCACUUGCUAGCCAAACUUGAGAUCACACACACACGAAAAAAAAAACCCAAACAUCCCAGCACAAAAAUCAAUAAAAUCCAAAACGAACACUUUCGGUCGCAUCCAAAUUGAACGGAUUGUACAGUUAACAGUUAAACAAAUUCCGGGCAAACAUUCCGUGGCAGAGAGAGCGCAUUGGCAGGCACCACCACCAUGUCGUACCAGAUCAAAUCGACGCCCUACUUUCGCCGCAUGUUUAACGAGAGCAAGAAGAAUGGCCAGCUGCAGCGCCUGCGGGAUGAGUACGAGCGCAUCCAGGAGUUCAACGAUCGCACCAUCGAGAUGAAGAUGCGGCAGGUGCGGCUCAAGCGCCUAUUUCGCGAGAUCGAGGUGAUCAAGGUGGCCGGCGGCGGGGCGACCGGUGGCGCCAGCGGUGGCGGCACAUCGACGGCGGCAUCGCCAUCGAAUGUUGGCCAAUCGGCCGGUUUAGCCGGCGGACGCGUUACCCGCCGGAGACGGCAACAGGCACAUGGUGCUACCACGCUGGCGAGCGGCACGCCCCAGCAGCGUAUGCGCAUGCAGCGCCUGGAGACGCUGGCGCGCGCACGCCAGCUGGGCCAGGAGAUCUCGCGCCGGAAUGGCCUAAUGGCCGAGGCCGGCACCGGCGGCUUCCUGCGCAGCGAGCUCCGGAUGACGGCCAAGCUGCAGGCGGCGAACGAUGCGCGCCGGGCGGCCGUGGAGCGACGCGAGCUGGCCGCCAAGCGCAUCUCCUAUGGCAACGAUCAGUCGCGCCAGAAUAUCCAACGCAUGCUCAUCCACCGCCAGCGCAGGCAUGAACAGCAGGAAGCGCUGGCGGCGACAGCAGCGGCAAAAGUAGAGGCGUCCAAUUCCUCCCAGGUGUCCAUUGAGCAGCGGGUGACCAGGCCGGUCACAAGGCACAGGCAUGGACACGGAUACACGGACUACUGCCAACAGCAGGAACUGCUGGCGGUCACCAGUGAGCGGUCGACGGACCAGGGCGACCAUGUGCAGAUGGAGUGCGAGGGGCAGUCGGACACGGAGCACAGCUUCCAUUCGAACGACUGUCUGGCGCAAUCGAUGGACGAGGAUGUGGAGAGCGAGGAGGAGGAGCCGGAGCGGCAGGCCUGCCUGCGGAUGCUGCACAAGGGAAGAUCGCAUGGUCACUUCUCCUUCAGCUCGACGGGCACGCAGACCACUCGCACUAAUCGCACCGCUGGCACCACUGGCACCAUUGCCACAUUGGACACAUUGGCCACGGCAGCCACAUCGCCGCUGGAUAUGCGUCAGGUGAAAAGCUCCAUUGACUCCUAUCGGGCUGUUGGUGGCGCCCAGUCGUCCACCAUAGCCUCGCAUCAGCCGAGUGGAACGGUGCCGCCGCCGCUGGACGAUGAACUGCAGCUGGACUCGCAGUCCAAUUCGAGCCGGUGGCACGAGGUCUCAAUGAUGCUGUCCUGGUUCCGUGCCGUUUCCGACAUCCCAAGCGAGUGUGCCGAUGCUCCGCCACCCGAUGCGCCCGUGCCCAGCCACUGCAAUUGCGAUUCCCUUAGCAACGCGGACGACGUGCCGUCGCCAACUGGGUGCCGUCCACAGCGCAUGUACGCCGAGCAGCCCAGUGAUGCUGGCACGCAGGCGCAGGAGGAGCCCUUCUAGCCAGCCGACUGGCGGCGGACGCACUGCAGCACGGAUGAUGCCCAGCACAAAUGUCUAUUUGCUGGAAAUUCGGUUUGGAAAUCCAUCCAUUCAACCAAGUCUGCACCGUUUAUUCGACCUCUUUUGGCUUAGAAUGCCCGGCCCAUCCUGUCCAGAAGUUGAGCACGCCCACUGCCAACGGCCCUCUUGG